AUGGAGAAAAGUCACAUCUUGCUUGAAUGCCUGCUGCUCCAAGACGAGCGCAACUGGAUGAGAAACGCUCUGUCAGAGCGUGGAGUCGCUCUUCGACUCGAUGAGCUCCUAACGCGGCCAGAGGCCCGCGCGAUUGUGGCCGAAUUCAUGAUACGGACAAAUCUCUUGGAUCAGUUCCAAGCAGUCGACCCAAUGGCUCUCGGGGUCGAAAAAGGCGACGGAAAAGAAUGA